GCAACGAUCGCAGAGCGUGGGCUGCCCGAAGCUGCGGCAUGAUGAGACUGGCGUUGAUGGGCAUCGCUCUCGCUUUUAGCAGCCCCCGGAGUGCGCUCGCGGGCUACGUGUUUGACGACAGCAGCAUCCGCACGGCCGUCGAUGCCUGGCUCUCGAACCCGGCGGCCGCCGAGGCGACGUACGGCCAUAUUUCUACGUGGGAGACUGGGGGGGUGACGGACAUGAAGAAGUUGUUUUGCGAUAGCUCCUAUUCAUGGAGCAGUUGCUACAACUCGGGCGCAUCGUCCUUUAACGAGGACAUCGGCGCGUGGGACACCUCUGGCGUUACGAGCAUGUACUACUUUUUUGGCUACGCUUCGGCCUUUAACCGAGACAUCGGUGGUUGGGCCGUCGACAGCGUUACGGACAUGAGCAACAUGUUCUGGUACGCCUCGGCCUUUAACCAGGACAUCGGCGCGUGGGACACCUCCGGAGUUACGACGAUGUCCGCGAUGUUCUUCUCCGCCUCGGCCUUUGACCAGGACCUCGGCUGGUGCGUGGGCGACGACGUGGACCUGAGAAGCGCGUUCUCCUACACCCCGUGCGCGUCGACAUCGUGCGGUGUCUAUACAAUGGAGGAAGGCACCUGUCGGCCGACUUUAGCGCCGACAACAUCUCUGGCUCCAACGAUGACGCCCGCGCCGACAGUAACUCCACUGGUCGCGGACGACAACACCAUUCGCACGGCCGUCGAUGCCUGGCUCUCGAACCCAGCGGCCGCCGAGGCGACGUACGGCCACAUCUCGACGUGGGAGACAUCAGGGGUGACGGACAUGUCGUAUUUGUUUUGUGGGGGUUCGUGGGAUUCUUGCAACACGGCCGCGGCGUCCUUUAACGAGGACAUCGGCGCGUGGGACACCUCCGGCGUCACUACGAUGCACGCGAUGUUCUACAUGGCCUUGGCCUUUAACCGAGACAUCGGUAAUUGGGCCGUCCACAGCGUCACGGACAUGCGCUACAUGUUCCAGGACGCCUCGGCCUUCGACCAGGACCUCGGCUGGUGCCUUGACGACGACGUGGGUCUGAGCGUCCGUAACGCCAAGUGCGCGUCGACGUACUGCGGUGUAUUUGUCAGUAAGCCCGACGCGCAGGGGAUCACGCACACCUGCCCUGGCGCAGUUACCGGCUACGCAAUGGACGACAGCAACAUCAAAACGGCCGCCGCCGCGUGGCUCGCGGACGCGGCGGCCGCCGAGGCGACGUACGGCCACAUUUCUACGUGGGAGACUGGGAGGGUGACGAACAUGAGGAAUUUGUUUUACACGUGCACCGAACACUGUGGCUCGUACAGCAAUCCGGGCGUAGCGUCCUUUAACGAGGACAUCGGAGCGUGGGACGUCUCUGGUGUGACAACGAUGGAGAGCAUGUUCCAGGGCGCCUCGUCGUUUAACGGACCAAUCGGCAAAUGGCAAACCGGCGCUGUCAAAGACAUGAGUGAUAUGUUCGACACGGCCAAGAGGUUUAACCAGGACCUCAGCGGCUGGGACGUUGGUGCCGUGAGAACAAUGGAAGAUAUCUUCUUGAGGGCAAAGGACUUCAACCAGGACCUCGGCUGGUGCCUGGACAGCAGCGUAAAAGGACUCCCUCCAAAUGCAGAAAAACCUCGUGCGUUUGAGAAAACCAAGUGCAGAAAAACCUCGUGCGGCGUCUCUUAUAAGGACGGGCUGGGACUAUGCGAAUGGUCACCACGCGCCCGGCCGUGUCUCAUUGGCAACAAAAAGCAAUGCCAUAUCAACUCACCAACACUUAUCAUCAUCAUCGUGCUUGUCCUUCUUGCUGGCUUCGGCGCAUGCGUCUGCUGUAGGAAGAAGAAGGACGAAACUUACGUCGCCGCCGCCCGCCGCCUUCUCUGCUACAGAACGAGAAUACUGCUACAUGAAUGCGGUCUGCUGCCGCCGGCAGAGUCGCCACGGGAAGAUCCCGACGAGUACGCCCUGGAGACGCGCGCCGCGGCGCUCUUCGCCACCAAAGCCGUGGCUGUGGAGACCGUCGAGCGCCCGGGCUUCACGAGAAAGCUAUCCUCGUUCCUGUUCGGGGAGCAGGAAGAGGCCUCCCAGCGCACCGAGCCUGAGCCCUCGGCACCGAAAUUCGAGGAAAUUUACAACCAGAUAGCCGCCUGGUACAACCAGCCGGAAAACGCCGCGUUGCGCGCAAGAUGGGGCGCAUAUCCGGACCCCGAAGAAUUCCAGACAUGGCCCGGCUUUGUCCGGGUCACCAACGCGUUCCUCGACGCCACCGUCCUCGACGGCGAGGCCGUGACGAGUCCCGGGAACGUCGUCGUCGACGCGGAGCCCGUGAGCCCGGGCAUUAGUUUCUGGGGCCAGUUCCAUUGAACCAUGACAACUUAAUAACCUAAGUAAACA